AUGGCCAAAACCAUGAAAGCGAUCACCAUCUCUUCCCCCGGCGCAGCACCCCAAGUCACCAACAAUCUCAUCAUUCCUGAGCCUGGCGAAGGCCAAAUACUCGUCAGAUCCAUCUACACAGCAAUCAACCCCGGCGACUCCAUCAUGGCCGAAACCGGCGCAAUGGUAAAAUCCUGGCCUUUCUCCCCGGGCUGCGACGCGGGCGGUAUCGUUGUCUCCGCUGGCUCCAAUGCCGUCUCGCCGCUUGGUAAGCCUUUCGCGGAAGGUGAGAGGGUGUUUGGAUGUACGAGGCUGGGCACGCCGGGGCAUUCGCCUUGGGGUGAAUAUUUCUUGAUGGAUUCUCGCGUCACCAUCCCCGUCCCGCCAAAGCUCACUCUUGCGGAAGCAAGUGCGCUUGGUGUCGGCCUUUUAACUGCGAGCGAGGGAGUGUUUUCUUGCUUGGGCGUUCCUCUGCCCACCUCCACCCCCACCCCCACCUACACCUCUACUGUGUCAGGCGCAAAUGAGCCCGAUCGAGCCUGGGCGCUCGUCCUAGGUGGUGCGUCCAGCGUCGGUUUCGCCGCGGUCCAGCUCCUCCUCGCAAGCGGCCUGCACGUUGUAACAACGUGCUCGGAGCGCUCAGCACCGCUCUUGCAAGAACGAGGUGUGAGUUGCAUCUCGUACAGGCUUGGGCAGGAGGAUCUGAUCUCGCGCGUCAUGAUUAUUACGCACGGGAAGGUGCGGUAUGUUUUCGAUGCCGUGGGUCUGAAUCAUGACCUUGUUGGACUACUUGUUGAUGUGGUCGAACGGCAUGCUGAGACCGAUGGAGGCGCAGAAGCAAAAUAUGCACCCCAAGUCGCGUUCACGACUACAAAUGCUUUCGCUCCUCUUCCCAUCGCAAGUAAUCUUACUGCAAAAGCGAUCCAACUUGGUCCCAUCGGCCGUCCAGAGCCGGAAGCGAAGACGCUGAAUGAGGCUUUGGCUGGGUACAUUCCAGUGUUGUAUAGGCUGCUGGAUAGUGGGAAGGUGGUAGUCGGUCCGUAUCGGCUUGAGGAGCAGGGUGUCGAGGGAAUUUUAGGGGCGUGGAAUGUGCAGAAGAGUGGGAAGGUGGCGGGGAAAAUUGUUGUCAAGGUUACGGAGAAGUAG